UUUUAUUCGCUAGUCGAAAAAUUUAGAAUACAAUAAUCAUUUGCUAUUAUUGAACUUUGAAAAAUAUAUUUAAUUAAACUUGGCUGUAUUUAACUAGGAUUGAAGAAGAAUUCGUAAAAGUACAAAGUUCUAUGUGAAUAUUUGUGUAAGCAGUCUGUGUUGCAUCCUUAACCAUAUUUAUAAAUUUUAAUUGGCGUUGGAAAAAUGUCAGAACAAUUUGUUGGGUGUACAGUUUCUGUCACAUGUGUAGAUGAUCUUGGUAUUUAUCAGGGUCAAAUAAUAGAUUUAAAUAAACAAAGCGUGACACUUUCAAAGGCUUUUUGUAACGGUGUGCCGCAUACUUCGUCUGUAGUUAGUUUAAAUGUUAAAGAUAUAAUCAAUGUAGAAAUCAUUUCUACCAAAGAAACUAGCUCCAGUAUUAACGAUAUGCCGCAGCAAAGUAAAGUAACGGUUAAAAGACCAAUAGCCAAAAGAGCUGGUAGAUCUUUUUCUGAAAGUGUACCACCUUCUACGCAUUCUGGUGGAACGCAAACAUCAUCGAAUGUUAGAAAAUCUGUUGAACCGGCACAGCAACAAUCUGAACUCGCAACUAAUGGCAAAAUGGGAUCAACUGAACCUAAUUGUAAGCCAGCUCAGAAAAGACUUACUCAUAGACAAAGAGUGCUCGAAAGAGAUGAGCAUACUUUUGGUACUCCUAUCGAUCAAUCCUUGAGCCAGGAUUUUGAUUUUGAAAAAAAUUUAGCAUUAUUUAACAAAGAGGCUGUGUGGCAGGAAAUAAAUUCACUUAAACCAGACAUCGUUAGACAGUCAGAAAAUAAUAGAGGGUUAGGUGGUAAAUAUCGACACGAUGAGAAUAUAAUUGUUUCGGAACCUACAGCCUUUAGACAGAUAGUUGUACCUGCGAGCGGUGAAAAAGAAUAUGUUACUGAUGAUGGCCUAGUAAUUCCAAGUAUCACUCUUGACCUUCACCGCCAAUUAAUUGGUGCAGCAGAUCGACUCGGUAUCAGUUGGGAACGAAGGGUAGAACUUCUUGGACGUGCAGGAGCAGAAAUUAUUCUACAACUUCUUGGUGGAGGACAUAGACUUAAUCCAAAUAAUGCUCAUCAAUGGCCAACCGUUGUAGCACUUUGUGGGCCAAACAGAUCAGGAGCUGCUGGUGUUAAUUGCGCACGACAAUUAUCUAGUCAUGGUGUUAAAACAAUAGUAUUUGUCGAAAAUUCAGAAGACGUAUUUCUUUUACAAGAACUAUCUCUUUAUAGAUUGACAGAAAACAAAGUAGAGACUAAAGUUAAAAAUUUACCCUCUGUCGUAGAUUUAAUUCUUGUUGCAUUGUGCGAUGAAAAUUCUUCAAAAAUGGUUACUCCGGUAACUGUAUGGGCAAAUAAUAACAGAGCACUUAUUUUAGCUAUUGAGCCACCAUCUGUAGGUACACCAGGAAUUUUAAGUAAAUUUAGUUUAGUCGGUGCUUUACCGCUAUCUCACAGUCUUGACAAUGGUAGACUAUAUCUUUGUAAUCUUGCUCUACCGAACAAAGUUUAUUCUGAUGUUGGAAUUACUUAUAGGUCUCCUUUCGGACCAAAAUUUGUCAUUCCUUUGCAUUCCGAUAAUUCCUAGCAAAUUUUUAAUCAAUAUGUUGAUUCUCCAAACAGUAUCUUCAGAUUUUAAAAGUUCUACUGAUUUUUUUCUUUAACAUUGUAUACAAUUCAAAUAGGUAUACCGUGUCACAGAAACGUACUUUAGGGACAGAGGAUAUUGUCCUCGUAUUAAAAAAGCAUAACAUGUUGUGACAUUUACUAUGUAAAUUAUAGUUUUUCAUAAGCAUUUGCUAAGUCCAGCUUACAUUACAUUGAGGAUGAUAUAUUUGAUAUGUUUUAAUAGAACAAUAUAUUUAUUGAUACAUCAUACAUUUAUAAUAUUAAAAUAAUCACAUUUAUAUAAUCGGACAAAAAUAAGCAUAAUUAAUGCUGUAAAUUAAAUCAUAUAAUUGCAUUUGAGUUAUAUGCCGCUAAAGCUUUGUAAAUGAGAUGAUACAAGCACGUAGCAUGUACGAUAAUAGUUAUAACAAUCAGU